AAAAAAAAAUACGGUGAGUUUACGCAGGCGCACUAAGAAGUUCCAGCUGCCACUUGGAACAUGUGAAAUGGCGGUGGGAGAGGCGGUGAACCUACGGCGCCUGCGUACUGGCGGGAGAUGCGCAGGCGUAAUGGGCGGAGAAAGGGUCCGGUCUCAGGAUUGGUCGCGCAGGCGCAGGGAAAGAUCCGUUUUGGCGGGCGGCUGGCGUUGCGCAGAAGGCGGCGGCAGCGGUGGCUUGUGGUCCGGCCUCGCCACAGAGGAACAGGAAAGACGUUAGCCUGAGUGAUCACUCUCGAUCGCUGGUACUUCUCACCACUUCUUUCCUUCUUACGCCUCUAAAGAGUCUUGUUUUUCCUUUAAGAACUAAGGAACCUGGUGGCCUUAGUUCUUCAGGUGAAACAGUGUGAGACAUGGGAAAGAAAACCAAGCGGACAGCUGACAGUUCUUCUUCAGAGGAUGAGGAGGAGUAUGUCGUGGAGAAGGUGCUAGACAGGCGUGUGGUUAAGGGGCAAGUGGAGUAUCUACUGAAGUGGAAAGGCUUUUCUGAGGAGCACAAUACUUGGGAACCUGAGAAAAACCUUGAUUGUCCUGAGUUAAUUUCUGAGUUUAUGAAAAAGUAUAAGAAGAUGAAGGAGGGUGAAAAUAACAAGCCCAGGGAGAAGUCAGAAAGUAACAAGAGGAAAUCCAAUUUCUCAAACAGUACUGAUGAUAUCAAAUCUAAAAGAAAGAGGGAGCAGAGCAAUGAUAUCGCUCGGGGCUUUGAGAGAGGACUGGAACCAGAAAAGAUCAUUGGGGCAACAGAUUCCUGUGGCGAUUUAAUGUUCCUAAUGAAAUGGAAAGACACAGAUGAAGCUGACCUGGUUCUUGCAAAAGAAGCUAAUGUGAAAUGUCCACAGAUUGUGAUAGCAUUUUAUGAAGAGAGACUGACAUGGCAUGCAUAUCCUGAGGAUGCAGAAAACAAAGAGAAAGAAACGGCCAAGAGCUAAAGGAGGGGUGGUCUCUGUCAUUUCUCUUUGUAUAUAAUACAUUCACUUCCCUGCCUCCUGUCCCGUCUACCCAUCCCUAUCUAUCCUAAACACAUCCAUAAAAAAUGUGCUUAUCACUGUGCUCCACAGGAGAAAUGUUGGUAUUGGUUCUCUUGUAACAUAACUGAUGGUCUGAUUCAUGAUAAGUGUCUCUGUGAAGACCAGGCAUUUACAUACUGUGUGUAAUUCCUACGACCUUUUCCUUGCCCAGUCUCUUCCUCCUGCUCUCCUGUGACCUCAAGAUGCGUUUUAACUUUUUAAUCUCCUUAGAGUCUUGGUCUUUUCAGAAUUGGCCACUUUUUAGAUAGGGGAAUUUUGUUACAAUGAUGAUGAGUUUUGGUUUCUUGCUUUGGUUUUUAGAACAUGUUGAUGACCAGCUGGCCUUUGUUUUGAGAUGUUGAGAUGGAAAGCAUGCUGCCCAUCUGUUUAAAAAGCCAGCAGCAACUGCCUACCUUUUGGGGCUUUCUCAGUCUCAUUCAGCCCUACCCAGAAGAAUACGGGGUUCCUGGUGUGGUCUUUUGGGCCACCGUCUGUUGUUGUUCUCGCCCAUCCUCCCAGAAUAACUCCAUCCUUUGGAGGACUGGAAAAUUUAUGGUGAAGUUUCUUGAGCCCCAGGAUUUUUGGCCCUGUUUCUUAGCAGUCCCUUAUUCUGCUUCUGCAAGGUGGUGUCAGUCUGCCAUAAGAUGGCCAGAUUAUUAACUGUGGACAUUUUUAGCUGUCGUACGUGAGGGUGAUGGGGUAGGGGUAGGAUACAAUUGUCUUUAUUAUUAUCACAUGCGGUAUAUAUGUAUUAUUUCCUUCCAUCUCUCAUAUUUGGAAUAUGUAUUUACGUAGGUAUGAGUGACUGCCUGGUGCUUGCUUGUGCCAAGGUGCUAGGCACCCUCUAACCCUGCCAACUUUUGUGGCCUCCCGAAGCAUUCCUGUUACCAAAGAGGCUUCAGACCUGACUCUCACUCCUCAGUGGAUGCAAGUUGCCCCUUCAUGCGAUUAUUUUCAGUGGGAAUUUCUUGGAGGGGAGCCAUUGGCCACAAUACCAAUUUUAAACAUUCAUAGUGUUUGUUGUAGUCAUACAUUUCCUGCUUUGUUGACUCUUGGAUUUGUCACCAAGAGUCCCUAAAGUAUUAAUGCUCGUCCCUUUUUCUGCCCUUAAGCUUUUAGUUGUAUUUUUUAAAAUGCAUUUCCUUGGAAGACUAUCACCUCAGAAAAUGACAGGCCCUGGCAUUUGCAUGUUGGCACAACCGUCUCCCCCGUCACAGCAAAAUAUUUCCUUUUCGGUUUUCUCUUGCUUUGCCAUUAUGUUGAGGUUAUUUUUCUGAACAUAUCCUACUUUUGUCCCCCAAGAAAUGCCCUACUUCUCUUUACCCUCUUUUUGCAGUUGAGGAGGGCUAGAGGAUCAGGACUAAAAGUAAGGAAAUAAGCAGGGUUUUGAGCAUCUUUGUCCCAGCCUCAAAGCUGAGGAAAUAAGAAUAAAUGCUUGAAAUAGCCUUAACUCUAGAGUUCACUAGCCACUAAGGCUGUUUUUGUUGUUGCUUUUGAUUUUUAAAACAUACAGUUACCUGGCCAGGAGCGUUCAACCAUUUCUGGAUUAUUCACAGUAAUGAGGGGAAUGGAUAGAUUGCUCCAGUCCACAGAUGAGCCAAACAAUAUGCAAAUCAUAUCCCCAUUCAUAGCAUUUGUUAACGUUGCUUCCCUGCUCAGCUGCUGAUUGAAUUCUGUAUGCGUGUGUAAAUUAUGUCAAAAAAUUAUACUGCACAAUUGAGAAAGCUGUUGCUGCAGUGAUGUGACGGACUGGAACAAUGAAACUUUUGGUUUAGGUCAUCUAGGGAGAUCCUUCUGAAUGGUAAUUUGAUUGGGUGGGAACUCAUAACCUAAAGCUGAAGUAGGUGGGAAUUUUAUCUCCACCUUCCUUUAUUUUCUCUCUAAAAGAAUUAAAGGCCAAAAUCAAGUGCUAGAUAAUUGACAGUUGUUAGUACUUAAUUUGAUGGGCAUCUAAAAGAAAAAAGAAAUGAUGAUCAGGAAGCAGAUUUGUCAUAUAAGUAACCAAGGGUAUCAACUAGGGUAGACAAAAAUAGGACAGGAGUGGGCCAGAGCCCCUGAGGUGGUAAUCUGGGUCUCUUGACUUGUAGUCAGAGAAAAUGGCAGUCUUACCUAUGUAGUGAGUGUGUACCUCCCAUUGGCAGUGGGCAUAUAAACUGCAAUGGCCAUAGUUUUGUUUUCCUUAUUUUUUAUUCUGCUUUAGAUGAAUGUUUACAGAGCAAAUUAGUUUCCCAUUGGAUAGUUUGUACAUAGAGUGUUCCAUGACAUUGGUUACUUUCCCCACAACGUGUCAGCACUCACCCCAUUUCUGUCCUGGGUUCCCAGGUAGCUUCCGUCCAGAUUUUCUAUCCCUUCCUGCCUUCUUGUCUGCUUUUGGGUAAAUGUUGCCUUUUUGAUCUCAUAUAAUUGAUUGUUCUAAGGAGCGCGUUUCUCUGGGGUGUUAUUGUUUAUAUUACGGGCCUGUCAGUUGUUUGGUUGAAAGGCAGUCUCCGGGAACGGUUUCAGUUCCAGGUCAGAAGGGUGUCUUAUGGCCAUAGUCUCGGGGGUUCCUCCAAUCUCUGUCAGACCGGUAAGUCUAGCCUUUUUUGUGAAUUUGAUCUUUUUGUUCUACAUUUUUCUCACACUCUGUCCGGGACCCUCUAUUGUGGUGCCAGUCAGCAAGCAGUAGUGGUAGCCAGGCACCAUCUAGUUCUUCUGGUCUCUGGGUCGUGUAGGCUGUAGUUAUGUGGUCCGUUAGUUCUCUAAACUAAUUACUCUCUUGAGUCUUCGGUUUUCUUCACUUUCCUUUGCUCCAGACUAGAAGAUAACAAUAGUUGUAUCUUAGAUGGCCACUCACAAGCCUGUAAGACCCCAGAUGCUACUCACCAAAGUAGGAUGCAGAACGUUGUUUUUAUGGACUCUGCUGUGCCAGUUGACAUAGCUAUCCCAAGCCUAUAUGGUCCUUUACCUUCAAGCCAUGACCAUAUUUUUAAAACCAAAAAUCUAGGAUGUGGAUGAACAGCACAACAGAAUUGGUUCUGAGAUUGGUCCUGAGAAAUCUGGGUCACGUGGUUGGUAAUAUUUAAGACAUUCAUCAAAACCUGAUUUUCUUUUAACAAAAUAAUUCCAUUAUCAUCAUGUACCCAUCACCCUUUAAUACCUUACUCUUCACUCCAUCUUUUUCCGUCCUUAUUUUAUUGAAUCGCAGUCUUGUACUGAGUUAUCGCUAGAACAACUUCUUUUCUCUCCAUAUCUACUCCCAGCUGGUUCUGUAGAAAUGUAGGGAGCCAGAGGCCAAUACUGAUUUGAGCCCUCAGCACAAAGGAAUCCAGAUAGAUGUCCGCCCAUGCCCCUGGCAUUUGUUUGUGUUGAGGAAUUGCCCUGGCCCUUUUGGAGAAUUGCGGCCUCAAACAGAAACCUGUUUUCAUACGUUAAGAGUUAGUAGAUGUGGGCUAAGCACCCUUAAAAGUCUAGGUCCCAGGUUCUCAAAAUAUACUUUUUCUGUGUUUAGUCCUUUUUCAAACAUCUCUUCUAGUAAUCAGCAUUAAAUGAUCUCCCUUUCCACAAACUGUUGCAGAGCUUCACCAAGCAGAGUCUACCAAGGUCCAUUUAGCAGCUGUCUGAUUCUUGGGCUAGGCAGAUAGCCAUAAUGUUAUGGUCAGCUGUUGAAAAAGUCACCCUGGAUGCAAGCGCCCAUUUUAAACCUGUAGAGAGGCAUAUCAUUUUCCCUCCUUCAAAUACCAGUCCAGUUUUUGUCUGCUCUAGGGAGCAUUUGGCGCUGUGGUGCUCCUUAACACUCAGAAGUUUUUAGAUGAUCCUUGGCAGUCCUCCAGCCAUAUCUGCCUUCUGCUUUUUGUUGUUGAUGAAGGGCUGGUCCUGUUCCCAUAGCUUGGGCAGAUAGAUUAUUCUUAACUCUUUAUUCCUGUUUGGUAGCCACACUGCAGUCCAUUUUCCUUAUAUUCAGGCCAAAUUACAGGACCUUGGGAAAGGUCUUUGGGAAUUUUCAUCGUGUCAUUUUGUUUAUUUGACCCAGCUCACCUGAGGUACAAUAAGGGGUCCGAGGGAUCUGUGUUAGGGCUGGGGGGUGAUUGUCUCUGCCCUUUAGAGUUAGAAGUUGAUGCCUAAAAUACUACUUUGCAACAGCAUGAGAACCCUAGGAAGAGUUAGAUCAUUAGAUUUGAAAUACAGAAAUUGUUUCCCACAAAGGAUGUCAAAGGAAAAGCUCAUUUUACAUCUAUGACUACCCCAUCCUUUUGGUAUAGAUUUUUUAGAGUAAAAAUUAACAGUGUUAUGGUCUAUGCCUUCGUAAUCAGACCACCAGGCGUACCUGCUGCAAGGCAGAGAAGGGAAAGAUCUGGACCCAGUAUAUUCCAGGUUCAUGCUAGCCUUACCCAGUAAUCAUAAAAAUUACGUUUUUAAAACUAGAUGCUCUGAAUUGGGUGCCAUCUGCCCCCCCACCCCCAAAUCAUAGUGGUGGAUUUGCAUUGAACUGUGUAUUUUCUGGAAACCCUGGUGGUGUAGUGCUUAAGUGCUAUGGCUGCUAACCAAAAGGUCAGCAGUUCAAAUCCACCAAGUGCUCCUUGGAAGCUCUAUGGGACAGUUCUGCUCUGACCUGUAGGGUCACUAUGAGUCGGAAUCAAUUUGACAGCAUUGGGUUUCGGGUCUAUAUUCUAUCCACUUUAGCCUACAACAGCAUUCAUUUCAUUCAACAAAUAUUUUUGCCCUGGGGAUACAAAGUUCAAAAAGACAAAAGGCCUACCCCCUACCGCCACCCCCAUCAAGAACUGUUGUACUGGAUAAGGAUGAACUGACCAAUAAUAAUAAUAUUUCAGUGUAAUAGGUGCUGUAAACAGGGGUAUGUAUUUCUGACAUGGAAGCAGAGACAACUGGCUGAUGUGAGUCCAGUGUGUGGCUUUAGAGUAGGAGGGUGACAUAGAUUGGUUCAUCUGUGGAAAAGACUUAAGACCUUGGAUGAACUGAGCUACCUGGCCAUAGACCAUAAGAAAGGUUUGUUUUAUUCUAGAAAAUAAAUAUGUCUGAGGGCUAGUUAGAAAUGUUGUUAUACUGAGACAGCAACAACAGGUUUGGGGGGCUUGAGAACCUCUGAUUUCUGUCCCUAUUUUAGGCUCUUUGCCAUAGUAUUUAAUGGUUAAUCAUUGGUUGUAGGAAGUAUUGACUAUUGCAGGUCCAGUUAUGGGUUACAUUAUUGUGGGUUCUGUAACAAAAUUUGUUCCUCAUGGAUAUUUUAUCAGAGUUGCUCAUACCAUUUUAUUUUUUGGAGACAGUAAAGUGAGGCCAGCUUUGAGCCUAAAGCAGGGAUGUGCUUUUCAAUGACAAAAGAUUUGUUAAAAUGGAAGCUUGGGGCACAUCUUUUAACACCUGAGCAUUUAUUUUGGGCAGUGUUUUCCAAGUAGGGACUUAUAUCAAUUAUGUGGAAACCUUUCCUAGAAAUACGUAUUCCCUGGACUUUCUGAUUCAAUAGAUCUAGAGAGGUCUAGGGUGGGGCCUAACCCCUUUAAGAAACAGCCUGACCUUAAGGUUUUCAGUUCUGACCCAUGUGACCACAAGAAAAGAUACUUACCCCUGCCUGAAUAAUUCAAUGUUGACUAGCUUUGGAAGUCAGAAUUCUCAGAAGUUAGAUGAACUGUUCUGAAAAGUAUAAAGGUUCUUUGAAUAGCUUCAGAAAAACAAAAACACAGUUCUAGUUUCUUUUUUGCUUGAGCUGAAUUUCUUGAAUUUUAAUCUACCUCAUCUUGUCUUUUUGGAGUUACUUCAGCUUCUUGUCCUUGCCAUUUUAACAUGCUUGAUUUGGGAUCUUUUCUAAGAUGGAAUUUUUCCUGUUCAGUGAUAGCAUGUUCUCCUGCUUUGUCACCUUGAUCCUCGUUUCAUCUAACAUCAUCUCAUCUUGCUCUUCUGUCAGAAUGUUUUAAAAUAAUUUAAAAUCUUGGUAUAUGAGAAGAAAGUGAUCCUCUAUUUGUCUCUGAGGUCAGUAAGAGAAGGAGUUAAAACAAGGUGCUGGGGGAGGUGACAGUGAUCAUCAAAGGAGCCUGCACUAGAGGCAGCUGGGGAGGAAAGAGCCAUUAAUUAAGACAAUUUCAAAGUCAACUGAUUGUGAUCAUUAAUGUCACAAUAGAUCAAAACCUAAUUAUCACAGCCUAGGUAAGAGCCAUCAGUAUUAAUCGGAAAAUCUAAUAGGAAACUAUUAUCAAGAAAUUAGGCCAAAUUGAAUCCAGUGAACUUUUUAUCUUGUCAUUCUCUCUUUCUCUCUCUGUCUUUUUUUCUGUGAUGUUCCCUGGGAUUGGCAGGUGUGACCCUAAGCAUUGAUUCAGGCACAAGUGGCUGAUUCAUCACACUUUUUAAGGAAUUUUGCCCACUCCAAACACUGACUGAACCUGAACUGUCAUUGUCAUUUUAAACAUUAGUCUUGAACUUUCCUACCACCUAGACUUGUCCAGUGUGAUGAGCAGUCAAAGUUUAUGUUUAGAUCUUGGGAUGUUUGGUUCUCCCUGUGAGUGGAGUAUCCCUGGUGAUCGUACUGUGUGUGUUGAUAAAUUGUUAUUUGAGCUUUUGUAUGUAGAAUCGUGUAGCACUGGCUGCUGUGAGAGGGUAGGGAAGGAAGGAGAGGCUUCCUGCCUUUGAGAAGACCUGAAAAGAUAGAGUUUGUGUCAUAACACUCAGAGCUGAAGUUAGUAUUUUGCGGUUAGGAUUUGAUUCCAAACCACGGCUGUCUAUGGGUUUAGUUCCCCUUCUGCCCUCAUUUUAGGAUGAAGGACAUAAUGAUUUACACCAGAAUCCAGAAUAAAUAUGGGGGGUAGGGGAGAGACAUUAGAUGUUUUUUCUUUUGUUAGAGAAGUUAUGCCUCUGGCUGGAGGAAAGAACAUUAUAAGAGUCUGACUAGUUAGACACUCAUUCCCUUCACCCCCCAAUAGAAAAGCAGGGGUCACCAUUUACAUCCUUAGUCUUUAGCUGAGUUUGAAGAUACUGCAACUCUUGACAUUGAGUUGAGGCAGAAAGGGGAGAGGUUCUGCCCUCUGGGUAUUAUGGGAGAAGGGAUGAGAAGCAGCAGGAGGGUGUUUGGAGAUGCUAGGAUUUCUAGCUACUAGCUUAACCUAGAGAGAAUGCUACUGCUGCUGCCACCACUGCUGUUGCUGACCUUUCCCCACCAGCCUUGCAACUGAGACAACACUACCAUGACCACCAGUGAGGACAUGGUUCUCAUUCUUAUUCCAGCUUGAGUGCAGUCUUCGCCUCAUUCUAGAUUUUAGGGAUCUCUCUUUCUCGAUAUAGAACUUUGAGAAAUCAGUGUGACUUAGUCCUUCUUCACCUCUUAGGGAUAGGUUUGAAAGAAUAUAAUACAUGAAAUUUUGAACUCAAAGGGGAGUGAGGGUAAAGUAUUUCUUUGGAAAAGAAUUCACAUCAGGGUUCCUGUGAAUAGGUGAUGCCCUUCAUGUUUAAAAUGUAAUCUUAUACAUCCAUUAACAUGACUUUCAGAAGCAUUUUGUUUCUGCAAGGUUCCUCACUUUAUGCUAGGUAGAUAACAGGCCCUCAGUUAAUACUUGUGCAUUGAUUGAGUUCACAGAGUGAGGUGUACUUACCAGCAUGUUUCCUUUUGCCAUCAUGUGCUCUCUGAGAAGUAAAAUGCUCUAGGAAGUAGAAUAGGAAUUGAGUGGAUGCUGACCAUAUCUGCCAACCUCCUCAACUGAUUCUUAAUGACUGACCUUGGGCAAGUCGCUCCUUUCAAUGCCUCAGUUCCCCAUCUGUCAAAUGGGGGUAAUAAUACUGACCUACCUCACAGGGGUGUUGUGAGGCAUUGUAAAUCAAAGUUGAUAAAAUAGAGUUCUCAAUGGAGGAUGCCUUGAGCCGAAAUCUAAGCCUGUCACACGCUUAAUUCAGUCCUCACUGAGCUGUCUCCAGGGUUGGAACUACUUAGUGAUCUCAGCAAAUUCUUUGCCCCCCACCCCUCAUCAAAGCUGCUAGUUCAGAUGUUGACAGUGUUUUCAUGAAUGUUGGAGUUUUAAUAGACCAGACUUAAGAGGUUAUGGGGGAAGGCACUUAGUAUUUUCUAUGUUUUGCAUCCACAAAAAAAGACUGUUUCAGACCGAAGAGCAUUGGGUUAGGGAAUCAUGAGGCAGAGAUUCUACUUCUCUUCUGCAGUUUGGAGAUUAAGGUCCCAUUCUUCCUGGCCUCGGAGCAUACUUAGGGUGUCCCAGGAGCAAAGCGAUUGCCAGUGGUUUUGAUUUAUAUCCUUGCUUAUCACUCCUUGAACUGAUGCCAGGACAGCUCAGUCACUACACACCUUAGUAGUAUCUGUACCCGAGCCUCCGGCUCAUAGGAACCAGCUGGUUCAAUAAACCUAACUACCACCUCCACCCCACCUCACCCCAUGAAAAAAGAGCCACAUUGAAAGUUUUUUUUCUCUUUCAGAAAUACGUUUAACACUCAGAUUUGGGCAUUGAUACUCCUUAAAACGUCAUCCAGUUCACUGUAUUUGGCAUCUGUCAUCUCUUUUCUCAGUGUCCACAGGCUGAACCUGACCUUUUCUUUCUCUGGUUUAGGAAAACUUUGGACACUAUUUCUGUUUGCCCAGGUGUGGGCUCAAGAGCCUUACUCUUCCCAUCUCAGUGUAGGGGCACAGCCAGCUCCUCUUCCCAAUAGGGCACUUUCUCCUUGGCCCUCGAUUUGUAACCCAUAAAAAAGCACAAGGUCCUGGCCCCUUGCUGCUAUCGUAUUGCGGUUCUCUUUGUGUUUUGUGGACUUUGCUCCCACUGUUGACUCAGCACUUGGUAUGCCAGACGGUUCUGUGGAGUUGUGGAGGAUGGGGGGAGCACAGUCUGAUACCCUGCCAAGUAGCCAGGAGUCAACUUGCCCGUGGCCUGCUGGCCUCUCCACCACUUUCCACAAGAUGGCAUCUAAGGCCUAAGAGGCUGGGUUUCUUUCAGCACUCUACCAUCCUGAGUAGCAAAACAAAUUAUACUUCGUAGUCAGACUUCCGAAUGGAAAGUGGGAAAUUGGAUUCUCUGUGGACUUUUUUUGGUUUGUGGGAGAGUUUAGGUUUUGUCUCGGUUUUAUUUCAGCCAAACAUGUCUGCUUUUUUUUUUUUUUUUUAAGGAUAAGUGAUAUAUAUAUAUGUUCACAUUUUAAAUGUAAGUGUUUAAAAGUAGGCAUUUAUGUGUUUCCACAACUGACAUCCAAUGCAGACCUCAUUCUCUCCCCCUCUUCUACCUUCCUCUUUUCCCUCUUUUCAUACUCUUGUAUUGGUUCUAAUAAAUGGUUGCUUUUCAAA